AUGUCAGAGCCCGAGCCAUCCGCUAGACAUGAGUCCUCUGACCGUCAGGAGUUGUCCGUGUCCAGUCCGAUACAAGGGCUUCCCCGAGAGCUGGUUGUGGAUGUCCUAGAGCAUCUCAGGCCAUCCGGAUCCCUCACUACCGUGGAAUCUAACUGUCACUAUCCCGAGGUUGAACUGUCAUUCUUCACUUCAAGGUCGUCGUUUGCGAGUCUUUGCCUUACUUCGAAAUGGAUGCGCUCGCUUGCCAUCGAAUACCUCUAUCGAACAGUUAUUCUGGCGAACAACUUGGAGCUACUACACUUCUUCCGCACCAUCAGCAACAACGUCAGCCUUCGUUCGAUGCUCACUUCUUUCGCCUGGCCCGUGGUUCUAGACAUCGAUGAAGUCGAGUUCGACGGCUUGGACGUCUUCGUUACGGAAGUAUAUCCUGAUCUCGACCCCUAG